AUGCUGUCUCUUCGAAGCUUUGCGCGAUCCGCCCCCCGGGCCAUGACCCGUAUCGCCAGUGCUUCCUUGCGCUCUGGCGUAGCCCGUCCCAGCAUGCUCGCCAAAUCCUCAGCUAUCAGCGCUUUGCGACCUGCUCGCGCGGCCACCUUCUCGACGACUGUCGGGCGCCGUGCCGCCGACGGUGAGACUGAUGACGAGCUGUCUGCUAAGCUGGAAAGCGAGAUUCAGAUCGAGGAGGAUAUGAAGGCACAGGAGCAGCAGCCCGCGAGCAUCAAGGACUUUUUGGACAACAGCCCCUUCGAGCUGAUUGACACUCCGGGCCAGGAAGUCGUGAAGCUGGUUCGCUCAUUCGGCAACGAGAAAAUCACCGUUAGCUUCUCCAUUGCCGACAUCACCAACUACGACCCCUACGCCGAGGACGCCGCCCUCGAGGACGAGGAGUUCGAUGAAUCGGCCCAAACCUCCGGCAAGCAGUCCAACAAUGCGGCCGAGGAAACAGACGACAUGGACGAGCUCGACGAGGAGGCCGCCGCCCCCAUCAACCUCUCCAUCGUUGUCGAGAAGCCUGGCAAGACCGCUGGCGCUCUCAACAUCGACGCUACCGCCCAGGACGGCAACAUUGUCGUCGAGAACAUGUUCUUCUACGAGGACGCCAAGGUCGCCAAGGUGGAGAGCCCCGAGUCCGCGCAGAAGCGCGCAGACGUGUACCCCGGCCCGCCCUUCGGCAGCCUCGACGAGGAUCUGCAGGUCCUAAUGGAGCGAUUCCUCGAGGAGAGGGGCAUCACGCAGGCAAUGGCCGUGUUUGUGCCCGACUACGUCGACGUCAAGGAGCAGAGGGAAUACCUGCGGUGGCUGAGCAACGUCAAGGGCUUUGUCGACGCUUAA